AUGGCAUCUGCAAGCAAUAUUCUCACGCUCGUCAGUUCUCUCGCGCUGCGCCUGAGCAUCUGGAUCUUCCUGCGAUGGAUUCCGACCACAGUCGUUCCGCCGCUCGCUGCCGCGCUCACCGCCAUCUACAUACCCUCCUUCUUCGCCAGCUUCCAGGACACGGCCGAGUACAAGGUGAUAUCAGACGAGCUGGACAUCAUCGUCAAAGACACCAUCGACCGCGACUCGGGCACUGAAGCCGAGCUUAUCGAAGGCGCCGAAGAUGGCCCUCUGCAGGAGCUCGACGUCCAGGAGACGAUCCAGUACGAGGAGCGGCAGCCCAAGAUCCUGAGGACCCUGCUCACCGGCCUGCCGAGCCCCUCGUCGGCGCUGUGGAGCUGGGUCACGUUCGGCAUCAACAUGGCGCUGCUUGCCAUGGCCCUCGACGUCGUCUACCGCGCGCCUCUGCUCCACGACUGCCACAACGCGUCGUUUGGACGCGUCGGCUACGUGUCCGACCACAGCGCCAGCGUCCUGGUGCGCGAGCCUUAUGCGCACGACGUCAAGGUCCUCUACCGCUCCGUCGACGACAUGGACCGCUCUUGGAUGCACAAGACCCUCUACGCAAGCCAGCCUGAGCACUGGCUCACCAACGACACCGACUUCACCUCCGUCAUCAGCCUCGACCACCUGCGCUCCGACACGCCGUACGAGUACGUCAUCAACACCUCGAGCGGCAACAAGACCGGCACCUUCACCACGGCGCCGCGUCCUGGUCGCAUCUCGGCCUUCAAGGACAACAAGUACACGUUCGUCCACUCCAGCUGCAUCAAGCCUCGAGUCCCCUACACACCCUUCCAGCACCCGCUCGAAUUUCCCGGCAUGAAGCAUCUCGCAGACUGGCUGCACGAGCUGAAGCCCUACUUUAUGCUUUUCCUGGGCGACUUCAUCUACGUCGACGUACCUCACCGACAGGGCACCGACGCAGAGACCUACCGGCGCGAGUAUCGCCAGGUCUAUUCGUCGCCAUCUUGGCCUGCCGUCAGCGACAACCUGCCCUGGAUCCACGUCAUCGACGACCACGAGAUCCAGAAUGACUGGAACGGGAACAUGACUGGCGUUGCUGUCCCGGCGUACGACGCCUUCAUGCACUAUAACGCCGCACCCAACCCUCCUGCUCACCGCACGGGCGCCACAUACUUCUCGUUCACGCAGGGCCCAGCCGAGUUCUUCCUUCUCGACACGCGCCGCUAUCGCAGCCCCAGCAACAAGAACCCCAACGACCCGGACAAGACCAUGCUCGGCGCCACCCAGCUGGACGAUCUACUCACCUGGAUCCACAAGGAGCCCCCGCGAGGCGUGCAUUGGAAGAUCAUCGUCACCGGCAUUCCCUUCACCAAGAACUGGCAAUUUGGCUCUGAAGACACAUGGGGUGGACACCUCGUCGAGCGCCGACGCGUUUUGGAAGCCGCCUGGGAACACUCGUCGACCCACGGCGUCGGCGUCGUAGUCCUCAGCGGCGACCGCCACGAGUUUGCCGCCACUUCGUUCCCGCCACCUGCAGGGGGCCGCUGGCCGAUCAGCGCAACGGUGCACGAGUUCAGCACGAGCCCCCUGAGCAUGUUCUACCUGCCGGUCAGGACGUACAAGGAGAUGGACGACGAGGACGUCACUGUCAAGUACCUGCCAGACGGCAACAGCAAGUUUGGCGCGGUGGAGAUCACAACGCCAGUGCACGGAGAGCAGAGCCAUCUAAACUACAGGCUGUUCAUCGACGGAAAGGAGGCGUGGACACAUCUCAUCUCGACACCGCCGAGCAAGGAGGGAAGCCACAGGGCGAGAGAUGCCGUGUGGGGAUAG